GUGAGGAGCAGUGGCGCUAAAAUUGAAAAAGAAAUAGUGAUUUCUGAACAAAAUCGCAAUGUUCCGGAAUAAUUGAAAACUGCUUUCAGUUUUUGAUAGUUUUUAGUCGUGCCUCUGAUCCUGAAUCUGAACUAGUGGCUUCGUUGACUGUGAUUGGCGCUGCCGAUUCGUCGAUUACCCUCAGUUUGAUGAUUGAACUGAAGCGAAGUGUGAUAUGAGUAGUCCUACAGGAAUCAGUGAGCGUGCUGCAAAAGUGAAGAAACAGUUGAAAACAUGGGAAGCUGGAUUUCAAGUGGAACACGGAAGAAAACCAAAGAAAGAUGAUAUAGAAAAUGCUUCGCAGGCAAUAAAAGAUGCAUACCAGGAAUAUUCAAGACUCAAAAAACAUGGUACAGCGAAAGAGACAACAGAGACUUGUGAUGUCUGGGGUGCACAUCUCAACAAGUCCGCACUCUGUCCUAAAAAUGCCAAUCAAGAAGACAAUGUCACCUAUUCUAUCCACCAUUUCACUGACAAACUCAAGCAGAAUUCCAAAUAUUCAAAGACUUUACCAACUUCGCUGAAGAACAGAAACAGACAAAGGAAAUCCAGUGGUGUUCAACCUAAUAAAGAUGCUGAGAUUGUCAAAGAGAAAAGCGACAAUACUUUUGAGACUCCACCAUCAGCUCAUUUUGGAAAUCUGUCAAAAAUUAAAAUUACAAGUACUCCUGCUGGAAAAAGCUUUCCAUGUAGCACUGGGGUAGUCAUGAAAACAUAUAACCACAGAAAGACCACAGUAGCUAGCGGGUGGCUGGAACGAUGCCAGCCAGCUGAGUCCGAGCCCAAAACACAUGUUGAGGAGAUAGAAAAACCAUUUGUUGAUGAAUCGUGUGAUGCACGGCAUGAACAAGAGCUGGAAGAGUGGGAGUCAGAUCUAAUCACACAGGACACUAUUGGGGAUGCCAAGAAGUCAGUAUCAAGGUUAGAUUUUACUGGUAACUUAACACCUAGAGAUAAAAUUGGUGGAAGCGUUUCAAAAGCGAAAUCAUUACCAAGUAAGAUUGUUGAAGUGUGUGCUAGUCCCGGGAAUGUCAAAACAUCACAAAGUAACGCAGAAAAUACUGGAGCUAGCUCCAGAGUUGUGCAGACCCCUCCAGACAGUACGAAUAAAGUUGGUGAUAGCUUUGGUGUUGUGCCGACCCCUCAGAACAGUAAGAAUAAAGUUGGUGAUAGCUCCAGGAUUGUGCAGACACCUCAGAGAAGUAGAAAUAAAGUCAGUAAAAGCCCUGGGAUAAAAAAAGCAGUAAAGAAAAAAAGAUUAUCUGAGAAUGAAGACAGUGGAGACGAUUCCAGGCCAAGUCAUCCAAGAAAGCGACAAAAAGUUGAGAAAUCUGAUGAGUAUGAUUUUAUGGAAGUGGAUGAUGACAAAAGUACUGGAAAAACUGAGAAUAUAAAAGACACUAAGUCUAGUGUUGAGAUUGCAGGAAAAGCAAAGUCUGGAUGCAGUAGCAAGUAA